AUGGGUGGUGCUUCCGCCAAGGUGUUCGUGCACCACCAUGUCCUCGGCGGCGGCGUGGCCGGGGGCGCCGGCGGCGACGAGCCCAGCAAGCCGUGGCUGUCCCUCAAGUCGGCGCACGAGGCGGACGCCGUCGCGAGCUGGCGCGACAAGCUGGCGGCGAUGACCGCCGCCGCGGAACGCGACGGCCGGUUCCGGUGCCCCCUGUGCGACCGCCACUUCAGCACGGAGAAGGCGGUGCAUGGGCACAUGCGCAGCCACCCGGGGCGCGGGUGGCGCGGCAUGGAGCCGCCGCGCGAGCCGUCCCCCGGCGAGCUCGCCGCCGACGGGAAGCGGUACCGGUACGUGUGCGCCCUGUGCAAGGCCCCGUUCGAGACGCGCCAGGCGCUCGGCGGCCACCGCGCCAGCCACAGCAGCAAGAAGGGCUGCUCCUGGCACGCCAGGCAGCUCGCCAUGGAGAUGGCCAAGCCGCCCAAGCACGAUUUCAACCUCAACGAUCUGUCGCCGGAGGCGCAGGCGGCGGCGGCGGCGGCGGAAGCUGCUGCUGCUGAAGCUGGACAUGGCAAGGCUUCCAGUACAGAUGAGGAGGCGGAGAAAGAUGAUGAACUGGCUUAA